AUGUCCAUCGACUCCUUCAACAUGUUAGACAGCAAAGCAGAGAGCAUUCUCGUCCCCUUUCUGGGGGCCAUUCAAGCAUCCUUGUCAGUCUUGUUGACCAUAUCAGCCGGAGUCAUUGCCGCCCAGUUAGGGCUCCUUGACGAUGCCAGCAGCAAGAAGAUUUCGACCUUCUGCGUGCGCAUGGCCCUCCCUGCACUCCUCAUCACAAAUGUCGGAUCUCAGCUUGACCUCGAGACUGGAAUCCGAUACGUGCCUAUAGUCAUUUGGGCUAUAUUCUACACCACCGUCUCCAUUGCCAUUGGCUUCCUCCUCACAAAGGUCUUCGGCAUGCCGGACUGGGUCAUCCCGGCCAUUGCCUUCAAUAACACCACCAGUCUGCCUCUCUUGCUUGUUCAGUCUCUGGAUGCCACAGGCAUUCUUAGCUCCAUAGACGACAGUUCGGGCGUUGUGAGCAAGGCAAAGAGCUACUUCUUGGUCAAUGCCAUGAUUGGCAAUUCGUUGACUUUCGCCCUGGGGCCGAAACUUCUCAACGGUCAAGAAGAGGAAGCCCCUGACAAGUCCGGGGACGACAACGAAGAUGAUGAAACUGACGGCGAGAAUGAUAUUGAGUCGCAAGAACAGGAUGCCGUUGAGAGGAACGAGCAGACGUCGCUUCUCCCGAAACCCCUGGCGGCCAAAGGCACCCGCGCCAGAUACUUUGCCUACGGAAAAGGUAGCAAGUUCUGGUCUUCUCUCUCACCCACAACGCGCUCUAUUCUCGACUUCCUGUACAGCUUCAUCAACGCUCCCGUUAUUGGAGCUCUUCUCGGAGCACUCGUUGGCCUUGUUCCUGCGCUCCAUCGCUUGUUCUUUAACGAACCCGAGGAGGGUGGCUACCUCAACGCAUGGCUCACCUCUGCCAUCAAAAACGUUGGCGAACUGUUCGCUGUAUUGCAAGUCAUCGUCGUCGGUGUCAAGCUUUCCAGGGCGAUUCUCCAAUACAAGAACGGAAAUGACUCAAAAGACAGCAGAGUCCCCCCAGUGCCAUUCAUGGUUGUGACCUUCAUCAGGUUCAUUCUUUGGCCCAUCAUCUCAAUUGGGAUCAUUUACCUGUUAGCUAGCCGGACGAACCUGGUGACCCAGGAUGCGCUGUUGUGGUUUUGCCUGAUGCUCAUGCCUACGGGACCCCCGGCAAUGAAGCUGUCUGCGCUAGCUGAUUGCGAGGGCUCCGAAGACUCUGAGAAGAUGUUGAUUGCCAAGUUCUUGACUAUGUCGUACAUGAUCUCACCCCUGAUCUGUUUCACGGUUGUCGGUGCCUUGAAGGCAAGCGAGUCUCUGGCCGGAAGAUAG